AAGUUCAGGUUUAUCAGGUAUUUUUGAUGAUAUAGCUUUUAAAUCCUCUACAAGUAUGAGUAUUAGUGAACUUAGUAAAGAAAAAAUUAUAGAAGAAGAAAUUGAAUCUCAAACUGAAUUAGAAAAGGAUAAUAUUGAAUCUUAA